GCGAGACCAACCUCGGUCGACGACGACGACGACGACGACGGCAGCCAUGUCUUGUUCCGUGGCAGUCUCCAAUUCCCCGGUCUUCUCUCCGUCGAGAGGCAUCUCGGCCUCCCUCUUCUGCAACAAGGCUUCCAUCCUCUGUUCCUCCCCCGAGGGGUCCCUCUCCCUGUCCCUCGCUCACCUCAAGCCCUCCCCGCCUCCUCCUCUUCCUCCUCCCUCUUCUUCCUCGCCCUCCUCCUCCCCGUCGCCGUCGUCGCCUUUCCGGCUCCGGCUCCAGAAGCCGCCCACCGGCCUCUCCAACUCCUCUUCUUCGACUUCUAAUUCCGUCCCGAUCUCGGCGGGCUCGGGCACGUCGCCGACGAUUCUGAAGCGGAAGAGGCCCGCGAGGCUGGAUAUACCGGCGUCGGCGCUGUGCUUCGGGGUUCCUUCGACGCCGGCGAGGGAUGUCGUGGUCGAGGAGAGGGAGGAGUACGGGUACUCUGUUUAUUGCAAGAGAGGGAGGAGGGAAGCCAUGGAGGAUCGGUAUUCUGCUUCGGUCGGUAUCCAUGGAGAUAGCAAGCAGGCGUUGUUUGGUGUAUUCGAUGGGCAUGGAGGUGCAAUGGCUGCGGAGUUUGCCGCGGAAAACUUGAAUAGGAAUAUCAUUGAUGAAGUUAUGAGAAGAGACGAGGGUGAAACGGAGACGGCUGUGAAGCUUGGUUACCUGAAGACCGAUUUGGACUUUCUGAACGAGGAAUCACGAGGCGGCUCAUGCUGUGUAACUGCCUUGGUUAGAAGGGGCAACCUCUUCGUGUCUAAUGCUGGAGAUUGUCGAGCUGUUCUUUGUAGAGCUGGCACUGCAGAGGCUCUCACAUCUGAUCACAGGCCUUGUAGGGAAGAUGAAAAGGAACGCAUUGAGGCAGAGGGUGGGUAUGUUGAUAUUUACCAUGGAGUCUGGAGAAUUCAGGGUUCUCUUGCUGUGUCCAGAGGAAUCGGAGAUCGGCAUUUCAAAAAGUGGGUAACAGCUGAGCCGGAAACGAACAUGUUAAAAAUUGAAGCUGAGCACGAGUUCCUGAUUCUUGCGUCUGAUGGUUUAUGGGACAAGGUCAGUAACCAGGAAGCUGUAGAUAUUGCUCGGCCUUUAUGUAUGGGUACCAAAGGGCCCGAACCAAUGCUCGCCUGUAGGAAGCUUGUGGACCUCUCUGUUUCCCGUGGCUCUUACGAUGACAUAAGUGUGAUGCUGAUUCAAUUGGGUCGGUACAUGUGAUGGCUUACUACAUAGUUAUGACUGAGAGAUUGGACUAGCAUUUGACUUAGAUUUGCCUAACUGUUGCUGGGGCUGAUUAGGCUUGUGGACAAGAUGAUACUCUUCUUCAUGUUGCUCGGUUCCGGUGGUGACAUUAUUGAUGACGAUGGCUUUGAUCAUACACAUUUUGUUCGCUUAUCAUGUAGGCUUCUGCUACUCUGAUAUAGUACCUCUAUUAACCAUUCUUUUUGGGGAUUUUUAAGACCCCUUACAUCAGUGAUAGGAUUUAUUUGACGGGUACAACAUUCUAUUCAUUCGUUACAUGUAUAAAGAUACUGCCUCGCAGAUUUAUAUGAAAUUAAGUUCUUUUACCUUA